AUGGCUGAAGGUUUUACAUAUCCUUUUGACAAAGGUGAGUUAACUUCUGUAAAGUAUUAUAAUAUGUUGGAUACAGGUGUUAAUAGAGUGAAAGAUAAUAAUAUUUUCUGUAGUCCUAGAGAAGAACAAAAUAAAUUAGAUGCCUAUCCAGAAAUUAAGAAUUUCUGUUCACAAUUACGGAAAUAUUUAAUAAAUGAACGCAAUAACCACGAUCAGUAUAUGAUCAAUUCAGAUUUGUGUAAUUUGUUAAGUUACUGGUUAUAUGAACAAUUAGUAGAAAAGUGUAAAAUAUACCAAUGUGAUGCUAUAACGAUUUAUAAUAAAAUUAGUAAUAUAUUUGCUACUUCUUCUGGUACAAAUAGUUUAUACAGUUUUUUCAAUUGUCAAUUAGAUCCUUAUAUUUAUACACACGAAGAUUGGGAAAAGAGAAAAAAAGUAUUUGAUUAUUGCCAGAAUUUUGACACUAUUAAGAACACGUAUCCAACUGAUAAAGAAAAAUGUAGACAAUACCAUGAUUACAUCCUUGAUAUAAGCAAUCUAUACAAUAAUUUUAAGAAUGAAUGUACCUUUACAAAUGUAACUAAAAAAUGUCCAGUAAAAAAAUUUUACACAUUUGAUAACUGUAACCCCACAAAACUACUAAAUGAUCAUAGAUGCGAUACAAUACAGGCAGAAGAAGUUGACAAUUCAACAGAAAGCACACAAAAUGAAGACACACAAAGUGAAGACAUACAAAAUCAAGACACACCAACAGAAAUUCAAUUAAAAGAACAAAUGAUUUAUCCAGAAGAAGAUGAUCAUAUUGUAUUUCCAUCCAUUAAAACGAUGUCACAUGAAGAACCCCAGUUAAUGAAUGAAAAUCACAAUACUCUAAAAAUAUUUGGUAAAAUCCUUCUAGGAGGAAUAGUAACAUCAUUACUUGUUGGUGUUUUAUACAAAGUAAAUACGUUUUUAUUUUAUAUACAUAAAUCAUAUAAAUAUUCAAGUUUUACAGCCAUAGGUAAUAAAUUACGAAAUAUCAUUCCAUAUAGAAAAAAUAAUAUAAGUCACCUAAAUAAUGAAAGAAAUGAAUUAUAUAAUGAUGCAUCAGCAUACAUUAGACCUUAUUAUGAAGAUUCGCAGGAUCAUUAUGUAGGGUAUAGCGCUUCGUAA